UUUCAAGUCACUAAUGGUGAAAAUCGUAACUCGCGUGAAAGGAGAUGAGGGGCGUGGCUUGGGAGACCUGACACUACUUAGUGCUCGGCGUGGAUACUCGACACAGUCGAGGAAACUGACUUGGCGCUCAGGGUUCUUUCUGGGGGUUGGUAAAAUGGAGAAGUACGAGGCCGCCAUGGUCCUUGGCGCACUCGGGAAUGCCAUAGGCUAUAACAAUGUCACCCACCAGUGCUCCAAAGCUGGAUUAAAACUUACCGACUCUGAUUUAUUAGCAGAGAUAGACACAAUGAAAUCAUUUCAGUGGAGGGCUCCGUUUGAUACUCUGAUGCACAUGGCGACUGCCGAAGCGUUAGCUUCUGCCUGGGAUUCUAUUCAAGAAUUUUGCAACCAAGCUGCAAAAAGAUAUCUCCUGGUUUUGCAUACGUAUCAGAAUCGUCAUUUACAAGCAGCAUCAGAAGGAGCCGAACUCCGGACAAAAAUCUAUUCCUCCAAAGGAUGCACAGCUUUAAAGAGAAAAGAACCUAAAUUUGGAGCAGCAGCGAGAACUAUGUGCGUCGGUAUGUGCUACUCAAAGGCUGAGCAACUAAAUGACCUCCUACAAGCCAGCAUUGAAUGUGGGCGAAUGACACACAGUUAUCCAGCAGGGUUUCUAGGUACUUUCUGUACAGCACUUUUCACAUCAUUUGCCAUUCAAGGGAAGCCUAUUGCUCAGUGGGGAUGGAGGAUGGUGGAACUGAUGCCAACUGCAGAACAAUACUGUGAAAGGAAGAUGAAACACUUUUCAGAUUACCGUGAGAAUUGGUUCUCUUUUGAAACCAAAUGGCAAUUGUACCUUCAGCAGAGAGGAAUUGAGAAAAAUGGAAGUGAUAAGGCAAUUUUUCCUAAAACCUAUAAUAUUGAAGAACGAAACAAGCUGUUCAGGCGCUGGCAUUCGGAAUCAACUGGAAAGGAUAAAGGCCUUGAAACAACACUGAUUGCUUAUGAUGCACUCUUGUUUGCUGGUACUGACUGGGAGAAGCUGUGUUAUUCAGCCAUGUUUCAUAGGGGAGAGAGUGCUGUGACAGGUGCCAUUGCAGGCUCUCUCUAUGGGAUUCUCUAUGGAUUUGACAGUGUUCCUAUAAGUCUUUACCAGAACUUGGAGUUCAGAGGCCACCUCGAACUAUUGGGGAGACAGCUGUACUACAUUGCUACCACAGAUAGAUCCUUAUGUCACAGUGCAGAUUGCACUCAGAGGGAUGAGAGUAUAGAUGUGCGUCAAAUUGCCAGAACGUUCGUGAACAAGCGCACAUCUGAUGAAAUUAACAAUCUGAUCAAUUACAUAGCUCAUCUGGAAAAGGUGAAAGAAACAAGUACUGACAAGUCUGUCGGGUUAACAGAUACAAUUGCUACAAAGCAGAACAGCAUUAAAGAAAAAGCAUCUAAAACUGAAGGAAAGCUUCGACCAACUAAAUUUCAGCUCCUGCAGUCAAGGUUUACAAAGACUGGUUUUCAGAAUAAACUGGAGAAGCUAGAACUUCCUGUAUCCAAGACAAAAACAGUUUCAGGAGAAUCUAACACUGCUGCAGAUGUGAAAGGUGUUGCAGAGAACCUUCCCACAGUGGGCAAAAGAGACACCAACUUCACUGAAGUGCAUAAUGGUUUGGACAUGAUGGCAGAACAGAAAUGUGAAAUGCCAGAAGUUGAAAAGGUAGAUGGUAGUCAGGGAAAACCAACUACUGAAAAUGAUGCCUCAGCUCCACAACCUCACAGUCCCAGUCCUGAAUUUUCCAUGGUAGAUAAUUUUACCAAAAUGCACAAAACUAUAGAUUUGGGGGUUCAGCAAGAAUGUGAACCUACAGUUCUUAACAAUGAAGAUACUACUCUUAAACAGUCCACUAUGGAAAACAGUACCACAGAGCUUUGUUCAGACUCUCUGGAAUCUGCUGGGAAGCAGCCAUUUCUUACAGACAAAUCCAAUGACACAUUUUCAGAGUCUGCCAGAGAAGCUGAUGUGGACAUGCAACUAGGUUCUUCCAAUGAGAACGAAGUUACUUUACCCGAACCAUCGGUGCAAACUGUUGCUGAAAUAUUAUACUCAGAUACAGAAAUCCCAGCUGAUAAAUCGACUAAAUCGACCAUCCACAAUGAGAUUCAAAACAGUAAUGAAAAUGUUGCUGCAAGUCUAGAUCAGAAGCAUCCUCCACACAAAUUAAUUACAGGCUCUUCAUUAAGUAUUUCAGAAUUAAAUCCAUCUGAAAGGAGUCCUCCAAGAAGAGAUACCAAUGAAGUUAUUGAUUUUCCUCACUCUCUACUGCAGGUCACUGAAGAUAACACAGAGGGAAAUCCACCACAAACAGUGAAAGGUAGUACAGAGGAAACAACAAAAUCAUCAACAUCCAGCCUAGAAUUAUUCUCUGACACAUCUAAGAAACCCACACAAAAAAAUAUUUUGCUAAAGCCAAAAGACGACUUCUCUACAGAAAUUCCAAUAUUGCCAAAUGGUAAACAGCAUGAAAACAUUCAAGAGGAUGAAGAGUACAAAUACAUGCUCUAUCAGUCUAAUCAGUUUGCUAUUGAUGAUAAAGAUCACAAUGCCAUGACAAAGGGGCUUUCUCCACGAACAUUGUCAAAAAAGGUGGAAAAUUCAAUGUCAGAAAUGAAGAGCUUCAAACCAAUUGUCUACUUGAGCGAAAAUAAAUCAGUGAAAGGGGCCACACAAAAUUCCGAGACUGACCUAUCUAAAAUUCCAAUCUUCCCUCAAAAUAGGUUAAUAGGAAAGAAAGAAGAUAAUCAAAUGAAAUACAAUGAGGACCAACGUCUGCAAAUUCAGAAUAUAAACACAGAGAAAACUGCCAGUUCACAAAUCGGAGGUUUGCAGCCAUUCACUGACUCCUGUGAAAAGCAAAAGCUGAAGAAGAUUCAUCAAAGCUCAGAGUCAGCAUUCUCCACCAGAACUCAAGUACUGCCAGAGAGUGAGUCAAAAGCGGAGGAACGGGGGGAUAAUCUGUACAGAAAUAUCUCCCAGCACGCCUGUGACUCAGUCAACACAGCUGUGUCACUCACAAUUGUGCAAGAGCAGCAGCCUCCAAAAUCACGGCUAGAAAUUGCAGAGGCAACAAUUUCACAAACUAGAAACUCUGAGUCACGUACAGACUUAUACAAGAAACAAAAGCUAAAAGGAAUUCCACCAAGAUCGCAGCCUGUUGUCAUGACUGAAAGAGAAGGUGGUUAUCCCGACAUCUGCUGUCAGCCUGAGGAAUCAGUUAGUGUAGCUGAACAUUAUGGAUAUGAACGAAAGUCCUACCCUGCUGUUGAAUCCAACACUGAAAGUGCAGCCUCAGCAUGGAACCAAUGUACAAGUCCCACAGCUUCUUGCAAAACAAAAUCAUGGAAGUACAAGGCAUAUAGUUAUGCUGACCCUUCAGUCACUUCAAAAUCUAACCGUAGAGUACUAUUGAGAGCCACUGAUGUCAUACAAAUUUCUUCACCACCAUUAUCAAGCUUUUUUACCCCCUAAAAAUCCACACAAUAUAAAGGAUUUUGUUAUAUCUGUAAUAUGAGGUCAUUUAAUAUUUUAGCGUUUUAUAUACACCAAGGAAAUGGUAAUUUUAGAUUCAAGAUUUAUAUUUUUACUGAAACUCUUCUUGCAUAAAAAUCCUUUAAAGCAGUUUUUUAUGGGUCAUAGCUCUCAAUGCCUUCAUUCCAAUUAUCGAUUUAAAGCAGUGUUUACAACGGAAUACAUUUACCAAUAAUCUUGUCGGGCAGAUGUGAUGCAAUACCAUUUAUCACUGAUAACUAGAUUGGUCAAUCAACUGCAGAUCACAUUGCAAUAAAAAUUAUGUAUUAUCUUUCCCUCUGCAUUCCCUUUACAAUUAGAUUUGCCAAAAUCAUUUUCUCUGAGAAAACCUUCUCAAUGCCAUUACAUCAACACUGGAUCAAUUUACUUCAAAAUUUAAUUUAAAUAUGUAGUGUAAAGAUAGUGUUUCUCUUCUUAGAUAUAUGACUGACAAGCAGCAAAAUUCAGGGUCACUGAUUGCUGUUUUCACUUGUGCUGUCAGUGCGUAUUAUUCAAGUUCAAUUGUCAUUCCACCAUACACAUGGAUACAGCCAAAUGAAACAGCUUUCCUCUGCGGCUAGGGUGAAAAAACGUAGGACCAAUAGUCACACACAAUUAUAAUUACAAUCGCAGAAUAAGUCACAAAAAUAUAGCCUAAGUCCAUGAGUGUCAUGGCCUGCAGUUUGAUUGUGCAUGUGAUGUUGUCCUGAAGCCAUGUUUCUGUAAGAACAAGCACACAGCAUUUCUCAGCGCACCAGUGCAGCUGCAGAGGAAUGCAAUCCAGCUUGUCUUCCAGCGAGCGAACACUGGAGAACAGCACCGAGGAGAGGGUCAGUCCCCAGCGCAGCAUGGACUCCAGCGUGCCCAUGUGCCUCUGCUCUCUCAUACACCAUCUCUGACAUCUCCUCCACUGGCCAGCUGCAGCAGGCAACUCAGCGCCACGAGGGGCUGGUGCACACAACAACCACUAUAGUUUCUUAGAUUAGAAGAGGAUUACCAGAAGUAACAUAUUUAUUCCAGGCUGCAGAGGGAACUGAGUACAGAUCAGGUAAAAAUAUAAUCUCAUAAGAUCUCACUGUUGUUCUUAAAAGGCUAAUUACUACACAAGUGGGGAACACAUAGAAAGGCAUUUUAAAGCAAACAUAUAUAACAUUUAUUUACAUUAUCAGUCACAAGAUAUUCUAUAAAUAAUAUACUCUGGAUCAAUUUUAUUAUUAUUGACAUAUGCCAUGAAAUUUGUUAUUUUGUGACAGCAGUAGUGUGCAAGACAGAAAAAUUAUGUUAGAAUAAUAAACAAGCAAAUUUAUAAAUACUGUAAUGCAAAAGAGGGAUAGUGAGGUAUUGUUCAUGACUGUUCAGAAAUCUGAUGGGUGAGGAAGAAUCUGUUCCCAAAACGGUGAUUGUGGGUGUUCAGGCUCCUGUCCUUCCUUCCUGAUGGUAGCAAUGAGGAGAGGGCAUAUUCGGAAUGCCAAAGGAUGCAUGUCUCUGGGAGCUGAACAUCCAAGGAUACACGGUGUAUCAGAAGGAUAGGACGGUAGGCAGAGGGGGUGGCGUGGCUUUAUUGGUAAGAAAUGAUAUUAAAUCAUUAGAAAGAGGUGACAUAGGAUCGGAAGGUGCAGAAUCUUUAUGGCUUGAGCUAAGAAAUCGCAGGGGUAAAAGGACCCUGAUGGCAGUUAUAUACAGGCCUCCAAAUAGCUGCAGUGAUGUGGACUACAAAUUACAACAGGAAAUAGAAAAGGCUUGUCAGAAGGGCAGUGUUAUGAUAAUUGUGGGGGAUUUUCACAUGCGAGUGGAUUGAGAAAAUCAGGUCGGCACUGGAUCUCAAGAGAGAGAAUUUGUAGAAUGUCUGCAAGAUGGUUUUUUAGAACAGCUUGUUGUUGAGCCCACUAGGGGAUCGGCUGUACUGGAUUGAGUAUUGUGUAAUGAACCAGAGGUGAUUAGAGAGACUGAGGUGAAGGAACCCUUAGGAGGCAGUGAUCAUAACAUGAUUGAGUUCACUGUGAAAUUUAAAAAAGAGAAGCUGAAAUCUGAUGUGUCGGUAAUUCAGUGGAGUAAAGGAAAUUAUAGUGGCCUGAAAGAGGAACUGGCCAAAGUUGACUGGAAAGGGACACUGGUGCGACGGACGGCAGAGCAGCAGUGGCUGAAGUUUAUGUGAGAAGUGAGGAAGGUGCAAGACAGGUAUAUUCCAAAAAAGAAGAAAUUUUCGAAUGGAAAAAGGAUGCAACCGUGGCUGACAAGAGAAGUCAAAGCCAAAGUUAAAGCAAAGGAGAGGGCAUACAAGGAAGCAAAAAUUAGUGGGAAGACAGAGGAUUGGGAAGCUUUUAAAAGCUUACAAAAGGAAACUAAGAAGGUCAUUAACAGGGGAAAGAUUAACUAUGAAAGGAAGCUAGCAAAUAAUAUCAAAGAGGAUACUAAAAGCUUUUUCAAGUAUAUAAAGAGUAACAGACAGGUGAGAGUAGAUAUAGGACUGAUAGAAAAUGAUGCUGGAGAAAUUGUAAUGGGAGAUAAGGAGCUGGCAGAGGAACUCAACGAGUCACUGAGGAAGACAUCAGCAGGAUACCGGACACUCAAGGGUGGCAGGGAAGAGAAGUGUGCGCAGUCGCAAUUACGACAGAGAAAGUACUCAGGAAGCUGAAUAGUCUAAAGGUAGAUAAAUCUCCUGGACCAGAUGGAAUACACCCUUGUGUUCUGAAGGAAGUAGCUGUGGAGAUUGCAGAGGCAUUAGCAAUGAUCUUUCAAAAGUCAAUAGAUUCUGGCAUGGUUCCGGAAGACUGGAAGAUUGCAAAUGUCACUCCACUAUUUAAGAAGGAGGCAAGGAAGCAAAAAGGAAAUUAUAGACUUGUUAGCUUGACAUCGGUGGUUGGGAAGUUGUUGGAGUCGAUUGUCAAGGAUGAGGUUACAGAGUACCUGGAGGCAUAUGACAAGAUAGGCAGAACACAGCAUGGAUUCCUUAAAGGAAAAUCCUGCCUGACAAACCUAUUACAAUUUUUUGAGGAAAUUACAAGUAGGCUAGACAAGGGAGAUGCAGUGGAUGUUGUAUAUUUGGAUUUUCAGAAGGCCUUUGACAAGGUGCCACACGAGGCUACUUAACAAGAUAAGAGCCCGUGGAAUUACGGGAAAGUUACAUACAUGGAUAGAGCAUUGGCUGAUUGGCAGGAAACAGAGAGCGGGAAUAAAGCGAUCCUAUUCUGGUUGGCUGCCGGUUACCAGUGGUGUUCCACAGGGAUCUGUGUUGGGGCCACUUCUUUUUACAUUGUACAUCAACGAUUUGGAUUAUGGAAUAGAUGGCUUUGUGGCUAAGUUUGCUGAUGAUACGAAGAUAGGUGGAGGGGCCGGUAGUGCUGAGGAAACAGAGAGUCUGCAGAGAGACUUGGUUUACAAGGAUGUUGCCGGGACUUGAGAAACUCAGUUACAGAGAAAGGUUGAAUAGGUUAGGACUUUAUUCCCUGGAGCGUAGAAGAAUGAGGGGAGAUUUGAUAGAGGUAUAUAAAAUUAUGAUGGGUAUAGAUAGAGUGAAUGCAAGCAGGCUUUUUCCACUGAGGCAAGGGGAGAAAAAAACCAGAGGACAUGGGUUAAGGGUGAGGGGGGAAAAGUUUAAAGGGAACAUUAUGUGGGGCUUCUUCACACAGAGAGUGGUGGGAGUAUGGAAUGAGCUGCCAGACGAGGUGGUAAAUGCGGGUUCUUUUUUAACAUUUAAGAAUAAAUUGGACAGAUACAUGGAUGGGAGGUGUAUGGAGGGAUAUGGUCCGUGUGCAGGUCAGUGGGACUAGGCAGAAAAUGGUUCGGCACAGCCAAGAAGGGCCAAAGGGCUUGUUUCUGUGCUGUAGUUUCUAUGGUUCUAUGGUUCUAUGGAUAGAUUGGAAGAAUGGGCAAAGAAGUGGCAAAUGAAAUACAAUGUUGGAAAGUGUAUGGUUCUGCACUUUGGCAGAAGAAAUAAAUGGGCAGACUAUUAUUUAAAUGGGGAGAGAAUUCAAAGUUCUGAGAUGCAACGGGACUUGGGAGUCCUCGUGCAGGAUACCCUUAAUGUUAACCUCCAGGUUGAGUCGGUGGUGAAGAAGGCGAAUGCAAUGUUGGCAUUCAUUUCUAGAGGAGUAGAGUCUAGGAGCAGGGAUGUGAUGUUGAGACUCCAUAAGGCGCUGGUGAGACCUCACUUGGAGUACUGUGGGCAGUUUUGGUCUGCUUAUUUAACAAAGGAUGUGCUGACAUUGGAGAGGGUACAGAGAAGAUUCACUAGAAUGAUUCCAGGAAUGAGAGGGUUAACAAUUUUUUUUAGCCAGAGGGUGGUGAAUCUAUGGAAUUUGUUGCCACGGGCGGCAGUGGAGGCCAAGUCAUUGGGUGUAUUUAAGGCAGAGAUUGAUAGGUAUCUGAGUAGCCAGGGCAUCAAAGGUUAUGGUGAGAAGGCGAGGGAGUGGGACUAAAUGGGAGAAUGGAUCAGCUCAUGAUAAAAUGGCGGAGCAGAGUCGAUGGGCUGAAUGGGUGACUUCUGCUCGUUUGUCUUAUGGUCUUAUGGUCUUAAUGAUGAAUGCUGUUUCUUGAGGUACCACCUUUUGAGGAUGCCCCUGAUGGUGGGGAGGGUACUGAUGGAGAGAGGCAAAAGAGAAGAAAUUAUAGACCAUUUAGCCUGACUUCACUAGUGAACAGGGUGUUGGAGUCCAUUAUUAAGGAUGAGGUUUCAGGAACUUGGAGGCACAUGAUAAAAUAGACCAAAGCCAGCAAGAUUUCCUUUAAGGGCACAUUGGAUUUUCAGAAGGCCUUUGAGAAGGUGCUGCACAUGAGGCUGUUAAGCAAGAUAAGAGUCCAUGGUAUUACAGAAAAGAUCCUAGCAUGGACAGAAGAUUGCCUGACUGGCAGGAGGCACAGUGGGAGUAAAGGGAGCUUUUUCUGGCUGGCUGCCAGUGAUUAUAGGAUUUCUUCAGGGUUCGGGGUUGGGAUCCACUACUUUUCACAUCAUAUGUUAAUAAUCUGGUUGACAGAAUUGAUGGCUUUGGAACUGAGUUUGUGAAUAGUACAAAGUUAGCUGGAGGGGCAGGUAGGAAGUUUGCAGAAGGGCUUGGACAGAUUGGGAGAAUGGACAAAGACAUGGUAGGUAGAAUACAACACAGGGAAGUGCAUGGUCAUGCACCUUAAAAGGGAUAGACUAUUUUCUAAAUGGGGAGUAAAUUCCAAAAUCAGAGAUGAUUUGGGAAUUUAGUGCAGACUGAGUUGCUAGUAAGGAAUGCAUGUACAAUGUUAGCAUUCAGUUCAAGUCUCUAGAAUAUAAAAGCAAGGAUGCAAUGCUGAGGCUUUUGCUGAGGAAUUGGUCAUACCACAUUUAGAGAGUUUUAGGGUCCAUAUCUAAGAAAGCAUGCUUUGGCAUUGGAGAGGAUCUUGAGGAAGUUGAUGAGAAUGAUCACAAGAAUAAAAGAGUUAACAUAUGAGAAGGUUUUGAUGUCUUAGGGCCUUUAGUCGCUGGAGUUUAGAAGAAUGAGGGGGAUCAUAUUCAAACCCACCAAAUAUUGAAAGGCCUAGAUAGAGUGGACAUAGAGAGGAAGUUUCGAACAACUAAAGCUCUAUGUUUUUCUUUACUAACUUCAAAAUUUAGUAAAGAAAAACAUAGAGCCUUAGUUGUUCAAAACAUCGGCUGUCUUCUUGAAGCUUUGAUUGACUUUAACAUCUCUAUUGUGAAUGGCGAUUGAUCUUGCCAGUAAGGAAUUCAAAGAUAUACAAUUUACAAUGAUUAAUAUCCGUUACAGAUAAGUCAAUUCUAUACAAAAGUAGCAGUACUCUGUUCAGACUUCAGAGCAGCGUGGGUGACAGGGGCCCAUGCUGUUUUCCUUGUGCACAAGUAAAAUAAAAAAGAAUGUUUGAGUCUUAAGAGUGUGUGUGUGUUCUGGGCUCAAUGAUUUUAUUUAUUUUAUUUUGUUAUCAGUGACGACAGUUACUUCAACACUAUCUCUAGCUACUGAUAGUUCCAGUUGUUUUUAACAUGGUCAUUGUCCCUAUUUCCAUAUCAAGUUAUAACUUUGUUCAAAUAAUUUGACUUUUAAAAUACUGCACCAACAGCAGUCUACACGGAAACAGAAAGGAACAACAAAGCUUAUGUUUCCUAUUAUCAGCGCUGACCAUAUGCAAAGAUUCAAAGUAUAACAAUGCACCCUAGCACACUGAGAGAGCACCACGUUUCAUUAUGCGCAGUUGAAUAACCAUUUUAACCAUUAAACAUCUGACUUAGUUCACCCAUACUAAAGAUCCCAUUGAUUCUGGAGAAUCCAGUGAAGCAGGGAGAUCCACAUCCCCCGCUACCUGCCUUAGUUUGAUCUACUUUAAAUUCAUCAUCUCUUUUCUUACCCCUAAUAUCCGGUGGGAUGAGCAAUGCAUGGAACUUCUUCGUCAUUCCUUCCUCUCAGCAACAAAGCCAAACAUCUCCUAAGACCUUCUCUUCAUUUUCCCUGGUUUUGCAUUAUUCCAAUCUGCCCUCAUUCAUUUUCCUUUUGUUCCUAUCUCAAUUCUGUUCUCAUUACAUUACUGGCCAACUAUUUCACCUUUUUCUCCAGUCCUGUGCACUUCUUUCAAGAAUGUUACAUUUCUUCCAUUCUUGAAUCUGAAUUACCUUUUAUUUUUUUAUUCAUGCCAUCCUCUGUUAGGAACUAAAGCCUACAACUGUUAUCUCUCAGCAACACCCCCCCCCCACUCCUAUAAUGUGAUAUUUUUUAACAUUUAAACAUCAUUAAGCAAACUCUCAUUUACACCUCACAAUAGAAACAUAGAAAACCUACAGCACAAUACAGGCCUUCCGGCCCACAAUGCUGUGCCAGACAUGUACUUACUUUAGAAAUUACCUCAGGUUACCCAUAGCCCUCUAUUUUUCUAGGCUCCAUGUACCUAUCCAAGAGUCUCUUAAAAGACCCUAUCGUAUCUGCCUCCACCAAUGUCGCCGGCAGCCCAUUCCACCUGCUCAUCACUCUGUGUAAAAAAACCUACCCCUGACAUCUCCUCUGUAACUACUUCCAAGCAGCUUAAAACUGUGCCCUCUCACGUUAACCAUUUCAGCCCUGGGAAAAAGCCUCUGACUACCCACACAAUAUUUCCUAUGUCAGCUGCAUUAAUCCGUGCUUAGAAAUGUUCUAUGAACCGUGGGUUGCAUUUUCAACAGUAAGGUCUUAGAUACUAUAUUAAUGAUUUUUCCCAAGUAACAUUUAAAUAUCUAGAAACAUUCUAAGAACAUAAGUUCCCGAAAUGAAAUCAUCAAAGCAACAAGUAAAUAUUAUUUGAGUGAACCCUAUCAUUUGCCUUCAUAAUCUGGAAUAAUGGAAAAAUUACAGCUUAUAAAGAACUUGUAAAAAUAUCACAUCAUUUUUCUCACGACUAAUUUUCUAUGGGUAUAGAUAUUCAAAAGAGUUUUUAAACUUAUGUUUAAAUAUUCAGGUUUUGAUAAUAUAAAAAUGAAAAUGUAUAUUUACUUGGCUAAAGGUAAUUGGAAUCAA